UUUCGACCUCGACUAAAGAACAACACGCAAUUGACAUAAACAAUCUCGAAUACUCCUGAGCCGAGUUCUACACCAAAAGUCAACUUCGAUCUUCCGCGCUAGCCAGUCAAGAAUAUUUCGCCUACCACAGACGAUUAGCUCUACGGCGCCGAGUUUUGUACGAAAUCCUCUCCUCCAGAUAUUCAUCAUGAGCAUCCACAUGAAGGGCCGUUGCGUCUGCGAGAAUCUGCAGUACUCGCUAGAACUUGACUCCCUGGACGAUGCGAGAACCACACUUUGCCAUUGCAAUAGCUGCAAGAGGGCGUUUGGAACCAACUAUGGUCUCACAACCAAGGUCCCCCUCCAGGGUUUCAAGUACGAGGCUGGAACCCCCAAAAAGUUCAAGCAGCACAAUGGUGUGACAAGGGAGUUUUGCGAUAACUGUGGCGCUUACAUGUGUGAAUACGGGGAAGAAGCAGCGGACAAGUUCCGGUACAUCAUGUGGGGGUCCUUUGAUGAGCCAGAAAAGGUACCUCCCAAGGGCGAGUUCUUUUGCAAAAACAAGCCCAAGUGGAUGCCCGAUAUCCCAGGCACCUUCCGGAAGCAGGAGAUCAAGGAGUAACGGCAUGCAUGACGAAAAACAACAUCGAGAUGAGCUCAUGAAUAAUCAUGUCUUCGCGUUGAACCACGGUGAACGUCUCAUGAUCUCCUUCUCGUGUUGAAGUUGAUGCGGAUCGACGAUAAUCGCAGCUCUUCCCUGGAGCUUGCCGCUUGAAACCACCUUCUCCAACUCCUCGACCUGAUCUAACCCAUAGAACGGAGUCAUCUUUACCUUGACUCCAUGCUCGGCGACAAAGUGCAAAAGCUCCUCGCUCUCCUCCGCUGAGCACUGCAAGCUUCCCUUGAUUCUUACGUCUCUCAAUAUCAGCUCCAUAAACGGAAUUUUUACCUCCAGAGGCUGAGCAACCUGUACCAUCAACCCAUGCAUCUUCGUAAUUGCACAUGCCAGUUUUAAGAGGGGGAGUGAGGGGGAUGUACGGUGUGUUCUUGCGAUGUGGUGUAUUCUUCAGGAUUGGAUACUACCGAAAAUGAGAGAAUGGGACCCGCCAAUUGCGGGUUGCAUAAUAACGAAGUUUGGCUGGCAGCCUGUGGAGGAGGGAAAACGUGAAGAAAGGUAAUAGGGAAGGAAAAGGCGAAAGAAGCAAAUGAUGAACACGGGAUGCAAGCAUCCACCGUCUUGCUACCAUGCGAAAAUGAAUGGAACACCCCAUCAUAAUUAUCUUUUCCAUAUCCCCAACUAUGCAUGUGUCAAUGUUACAGCUAC